ACAUAUUUUUCAACAUUGACUUGAUUCAUUUGGCCCUCAACGCUUUAGCUAUGCAGACAGGGCGUAUACUUGUUGCCCUGAUUUUACUGGGAUUAAUAGUUCCUUUUCAGGGUGCCAAGUGCAAGGCAGCUCCUAAAUCUGUACAGAAUGUACACGUUUGCUGUCCAGCACCAAUGCCAAAUUGGGGAGUUUAUAAUAAAGAAUGUCAUGAUUCGGGACCUCAGUCAAGUUGCCGACUGGCUUGCGUCUUUAAUGCCAGCUCAGCCCUGCAGGGAAAUCGUUUGGUUCAGACGAAAAUUCGUCCCAUGCUGGAACGGGCAUUUGCCAGUGGACCCACCAUCGAUGUAUAUGAUUCAAACUUUGCCAGAUGCUCGUCGGUGGUGAGGAGCAGAUUCCAGGAACUAUCCCCAUUGAGUCGCCAAAGUGACGCCUGCGACAGACACGCCCUCUUCUACAGCCUUUGCGCUUAUGCCCGCCUCAUAUUCACCUGUCCGGAUAAAAUGUGGCAACGGAACAAUAGGAUGUGCCAAGAGGCCAAGUCCUAUGCGAAAAAUUGCCCCUGGCCAGCGCUAAAAAUGUUCAUGAAAAAUACAUAG